GCGGCCGGCCUUGCCCUGACGUGUUUUCCAUCAUACUUAAACGGUAUGCAUUUACACCAAUCUCGCGCUUGAGAAUGAGCACGACCCCUCAGGACCUGAAAGUUCUUGUUGCUGCUAUUAUAAAUGAAAAGGAAGCUACACACAGAGAUUCAUGGCUGAAGACAUUCUGCAACCAUUACCGGUGCAGGACAAAAGAACAAAAGUCCGAAUUUCUGCAGUAUUUAGCGCGGGACUUCUACAUCAACAGAGAUCAGUUCACGACAGCUGUUCGUGCAUACCUGGACAAUCUGGAUAACCCUCCAGCAUUCAAGUUCAGAGAUGAGGAAAGACUGUACUCUCUCCUCACGCCUCGGUACAUGUCCUUUUUCCAUGUGCUGGGAAGAGCUGAAGGAGGCGUCAAAUUUCUCGUUGACAUGAGAGGCGAUAUUUUAGAUCUGUUGGCAAAAUCUCUCGGCAAUGGUUCUCAAUUGCACGACGUCCGCGUGAUGAACUCCAUCCUGAGGGAAUUGCUAUCUCUAUGGUUUGCGGUCGGCUUCAUCAAGUUAGAGCGUAUCACUUGGAAGUCCUCUUGUGAAAUGCUGCAAAAGAUUUCAGAGUAUGAAGCAGUGCACCCAGUGAGGAACUGGACGGACCUGAAGAGGCGCGUUGGGCCGUACCGCCGUUGUUACGUGUUCACACACAGCUGCAUGCCUGGAGAACCCAUCGUCGUCCUGCACACAGCGCUCACGGACACCAUAGCAUCUUCCAUACAGAAAAUUGUGACUUACACUCCGGCUCCAACGCCAGAGAACCAGGAUUUGGAAGAUGAGAAGCUGAUAAAGUCGGCCAUCUUCUAUUCCAUAUCGUCCACUCAGAAGGGACUCCAGGGCAUCGAACUGGGCAAAUAUCUCGUGAAAAGCGUCGUCCGCGAAGUGAAAGCCGAGUUUCCACAUGUUGAGGACUUCUCGUCCCUCUCGCCUAUACCUGGGUUUAAAGACUGGCUUACGACUGAAAUCAAGAAAAUCGUAGCAGGCAAUGGAGAGCACUCGAGGCUUCCGAACUUGCCCGCAUUGGUCGAUGCAUUGCGCAACUACACAAAAGGAGACAAGCCACUUGAGGAAUUUUUGAAAUUGCUCAAGACAAACGGCUGGUUCCAGAUUCCAGACUUGGUGGAACAGCUGAAGGAUCCCCUCUUGAGGAUCUGUGCCUCCUACCUGUACAACGAAAAGCACAGGGGGUACGCGCUCAACAGCGUAGCCAACUUUCACCUGAAGAAUGGAGCUAUCAUAUGGCGUCUCAACUGGUUAGGUGAUGUUUCUCCACGGGGCUUGUCGAGUUCCUGUGCCAUCAUGGCCAACUACAGGUACUAUAUGGCCAGCAUGGAGGAUAACCGAAGAAAUUAUCUGGACGACUUCGUGGUUGCAGCAUCCGAUACCUUCCUAGCGCACCUGAAGCCAUCUCGGUCAUCCCUGUGAAGCAGCUUUAGCUCUUAGAUUGAACACAUGCAAUGAAUUGCAGUAUGCAUAUUAAUGGUGAACGUGUGUCAAAUGUUAAAAUAAACUAUAUUUGUACAUUAA